GGCGUUGUUCAGGUUAGAAUGGAUCCUGGUGGCAUCAUUCAUCCCUCUGUUGGGAGUAGUUGUGUCAGCAAUGCAAAUGGAAAUGGCUUAAAUGUAGUUGCCUCCAGUUACCCUGUUGCUUCUACUCUCGGUCUCGCCGGGACCAAUGUUGUUGCUUGUUCUGGAGCCAUCAGCACUAAUAUUGGUGGUGCCGGAACAGCUGGCGGCUGCAGUAGCGCUGUUGGUACCAGCUCCCGAUAUCGCUCAGUCAAAAUGGCUGAUCGUCUGGCCUUCUUAUUUACUCGUUGGCUGUUGCUAUUCAAGAAGCAGCGCAGAGUACUGCCUCUCGUUUCAACAUCGGCUUCGGCGAUCGGGCUAAAGUUGAAGAAGAAAAUCCCAUUGGAGCGUUUUCAUUUAAUUGACCGCGGGAUCGAAUAUACGAAAUCGGGAGCUCCCAUUGAAGAGAAUUAG